AAGGCCUCCCCAGCCAUGAGAGGCCCAGGACGGGGCCUAUCAGCUGGAGCCAGGCCAAGGCAAGCGCUCUGCCAUUGGCUGGCACUGGAUCCCCGGUCCUUUCUCAUUGGCUGGCUGCAAAACCAUGUGACCGAAUAUGCAAAUUGUCUCUAUGUGGCAGUUGAAAUCCCUGAGUGCAGACCAACCCUCUGCACUGAAAGGCAGGAGGGAGGAAGGAAGGAAGGCAGAGAGAGAGAGAGACGGAGGUGGACGAAGAAAGAAGGGGGAGUGACGCAGCAUGCACUGUUAGAAAAGAACGACUUCAGGCAAAAAACUGACGACCGGAACGCAGACCGCCUCUGUUUGGACCCCUUUAAUCUGAAAUCCAUGAGUGCUGCAAGUGUCCUCAGGUCUUUCAGUCCGUCAGCGAUGCCAGGCCCAGUGAUGCCGAUGGACGUGGCCAUGAGGUUUUACAUCAGCCACUCUCCGCCCCCUCUGCGAGGCUUCCUCAGCCCCUACGAGGACCUUCAGAGGGCCAAGACCAGAGCCACCCAGUCCAGCAGCCUCAGCCAGCAGCAGCGCUACAAACCCCUGAGGCCGUGUCUCAGCAACCAGCAGAAGGCGGCGGACGACAACGGCGGCGGCGACUGCGUGGGCUGGAACAACAACAGAACCAGCAAAAAAAGAGUCGUGUUCGCAGACAUGAAGGGAAUGUCACUGACCGCCAUCCACGUCUUCUCCAAGUUUGACGACGAGUCGUAUCAAAGCAAGAAGACCAGGGAGGUCUCAGAGGACCUGCAGUUCGACAUGACGGACCUGGAAACGGCCGCUAUGGAUUUAAAGAUCAGCACGGUCCGCAGCCUGGCGCUAGAUUUUAAGCAGCCGUCGGCCGACUACCUGGAUUUCCGGAACCGACUGAUUCAGAGCUCGGUCUGCUUGGAGAACUGUUCUCUGCAAGAGCGCUCGCUGACCGGAACCGUCAAGGUCCGGAACAUCGGCUUCGAGAAGUCGGUGCAAGUGCGGAUCACCUUCGACUCGUGGGCCAGCUUCACGGACGUGGAAUGCACCUUCAUGAACAACGUGUACGGCGGCCAGGACAGCGACACCUUCGCCUUCGUCCUGGAGCUGCCGGCCUACGUCCAGCCGCAGAACCGGGUCGAGUUCUGCAUCUGCUUCAAGGUCCAGGGACAGGUUUUUUGGGACAAUAACGACGGCAAGAACUACUCUCUGAAGCACGUCGGUUGGCACGGGGAGGAAGUGAACGCCGCACCGGCCUCGCCCGAGCACAAACACGGCAGCGUUAAGGUGUUGGACUUGGACAUCGACCAGUUCGGAAGCCCGCGCAUGUCCAACGGACUGUUUCCCGGCUGGCAGAGCUGGGGUCAGAUCGAUACCAGCGUGCCUUAUUGGUGAACGCCAACUUGCACUGGAAUGAGAUAAGAGACAGCAACGGGGGCAUUCAGUACAAACCCAGGUGUGGGUCUGAGCGUCGACUGGACUGGACUGGCUGGAGGCCAGGAACUAGACUGAAGCAAACAACCUGUGCUUUUUUUAGCAGAGGGAAGUGCACGAACUAGACACAAAGUUAACUGUAACAUGUUCAACUGACCUGCUUUGGCUGGAACCUGGUCACUUGACCGCAAAGACUUGAUGGUCUGUGGCUGGAGGGGGGGUGGAGGGGACCUGCAGUGUUCCCUGUAUUAGUCUUCAAAAAAACAAACAAAAAAAUCCAAGUGCCUUCUCAAAGUGCCUGCCCGUGAUGUUCCAGCCUCGUCGUACAAGCCCCGCCCACAUGCACUGAUUGACACAUCCCUCUCAAAUGUGAUCUAUGUAAACUGCAGACGGGGAAACGAGGCGCUUCUGGUUCUGGUUCUGGUUCUGGUUCUGUCCUUCAUAUUGAAGGGAAAGUACGGGCAGUGCACGGUAACAACCAGCCCAUUCACUUCUCAUAUGUACAAAAUGCACACUAAGCUUUCGCACCUUCGCAGCCCAAAUUCUGUCACAUGAUCCAAAGCGUCCUGGAGUUCCCGGUCGGAGUCGCGCGGCCCGUUCUUUCCCUCCUUGUACGUCGUACACGUCUGAAGAAAAGAAAAGAAAAGUGCGGUUGUUGUAAUGUCGGUUGUUAAUGUAUGAAGUAACUGAGCUGCUAUCGACGUCAGAAGGACUGUGCAUGUGACGCGUCCUGGCCUGAAGGAGGACGUUCUAUUGGUCGGUUUUCUGUGGUUUGGGUAUGUCAGGAACAGGGGAAAGGGGGAGGAGCUAAAGACCCCAGUGGUUUGGAUACUGUUUGUUUUCACAAGUGCAAUUCAGUGGUGAGUGUACAGUAUGUGUGGCUGGAAUGGACAUGUUCUUUUCAUUUCUACAAACUUUUUUUCUUUUUUCUCACUGUGAUGAUGAUGAUGAUGAUGAUGAUGAUGAUGGUCUGUGUCCCAGCAUUCUGUGUUCCACUUGAAGGUGUGUGUCCAAGUCAGUCAGAAAUAAAGACAUUUCUAUAUAUUUGUGCUAUAA